CAAAACUCACGCUAGCACACUCCCCCCGCGAUUACUACGACCCAAACACCCCCCGCUGGCCCGCUGGGGGAGCGGCGGCGGCUGGCUGGCGAGGCGGGCCCGCGGGCCAACGGGAGCAGUUUCCUUGGAACCGGAGUUCUGCUACCCCGCGGUGGGACAGAGAAUGACAGAAACUUGGAAGGAGGAGGCGGUCCUCGGGAUCCGUAGAGUGGCGAAAAGAUCCAACAGGUUUUGAUGUCUUAAAGAAAGCAGAGAGGAUUUAGUCAAGUGUUGGGAUUUUACUGGAAGCCGGCGAAGAUGGCCAAGUAUGGAGACCACGAGGCCAGGCCAGAGGACGGGCAGAACGAAUUCAGUGACAUCAUCAAGUCCAGAUCGGAUGAACACAAUGACGUGCAGAAGAAAACCUUUACCAAAUGGAUAAAUGCUCGCUUUUCAAAGAGCGGGAAGCCUCCCAUCAGUGACAUGUUCACAGACCUCAAAGAUGGCCGGAAACUGCUGGAUCUUCUGGAAGGCCUCACAGGAACAUCGCUGCCGAAGGAACGUGGUUCCACAAGGGUACAUGCUUUAAACAAUGUCAACAGAGUGCUGCAGGUUUUGCAUCAGAACAAUGUGGAUUUGGUGAAUAUCGGAGGGACUGACAUUGUAGAUGGAAAUCACAAGCUGACUCUGGGGUUGCUUUGGAGCAUCAUCUUGCACUGGCAGGUGAAGGAUGUCAUGAAGGACGUCAUGUCCGACUUGCAGCAGACGAACAGCGAGAAGAUCCUGCUGAGCUGGGUGCGCCAGUCCACCAGGCCGUACGGCCAGGUCAACGUGCUCAACUUCACCACCAGCUGGACAGACGGGCUCGCCUUUAAUGCCCUGCUCCACCGACAUAAACCUGAUCUCUUCAGCUGGGAUAGAGUUGUCAGGAUGUCCCCAACUGAGAGGCUGGAACACGCCUUCAGCAAGGCUCAGACGUACUUGGGGAUUGAGAAGCUCUUAGAUCCUGAAGAUGUUGCUGUUCAGCUUCCAGACAAGAAAUCCAUAAUUAUGUAUUUAACAUCUUUGUUUGAGGUGCUGCCUCAGCAAGUCACUAUAGAUGCUGUCCGCGAGGUAGAGACUCUCCCGAGGAAAUACAAGAAAGAAUGCGAAGAAGGAGAUCUUAAUAUGCAGAGCCCAGCGCCGGAGCAGGAGCACGAGAGCCCCCGGGCUGAGACCCCCAGCACCGUCACCGAGGUCGACAUGGAUCUGGACGGCUAUCAGACAGCCCUGGAGGACGUGCUGACCUGGUUGCUUUCUGCCGAGGACACGUUCCAGGAGCAGGAUGAGAUCUCUGACGAUGUGGAAGAAGUCAAAGACCAGUUUGCCACGCACGAAGCUUUUAUGAUGGAGCUGACUGCGCACCAGAGCAGUGUGGGGAGUGUCCUGCAGGCGGGAAACCAGCUGAUCACACAAGGGACUCUGUCGGAUGAGGAGGAGUUUGAAAUUCAGGAGCAGAUGACCCUGCUGAACGCUAGAUGGGAGGCCCUCAGGGUGGAGAGCAUGGACAGACAGUCCCGGCUGCAUGACGUGCUGAUGGAACUGCAGAAGAAGCAGCUGCAGCAGCUCUCUGCCUGGUUAACGCUCACAGAAGAACGCAUCCAAAAGAUGGAAACUUGCCCCCUGGAGGAUGAUUUAAAAUCCCUGCAAAAGCUGCUGGAAGAUCAUAAAAGUUUGCAAAAUGAUCUUGAGGCUGAACAGGUGAAGGUCAAUUCAUUAACUCACAUGGUGGUAAUUGUGGAUGAAAACAGUGGGGAGAGCACCACAGCUGUUCUAGAAGAUCAGUUACAGAAACUUGGGGAGCGCUGGACAGCUGUGUGCCGAUGGACUGAGGAACGCUGGAGCCGGUUGCAGGAGAUCAACAUGUUGUGGCAGGAGUUACUGGAAGAGCAGUGUUUGUUGAAAGCUUGGCUGACCGAAAAAGAAGAGGCUUUAAGUAAAGUCCAGACGAGCAACUUCCGAGACCAAAAGGAACUAAGUGUCAGCGUUCGGCGACUGGCUAUUUUGAAGGAAGACAUGGAAAUGAAGCGUCAAGUAUUGGACCAGCUGAGUGAGAUUGGCCAGGAUGUGGGCCAAUUACUUGAUAACCCCAAGGUGUUCCAGAAGAUCAACAGUGACUCCGAGGAACUGACUCAGAGAUGGGAUUCUCUUGUUCAGAGGCUGGAAGAUUCCUCCAACCAGGUGACGCAGGCUGUAGGAAAGCUGGGGAUGUCCCAGAUUCCUCAGAAGGAUCUUCUGGAGACUGUGCACAUAAGAGAACAAGUAACCAUGAAACGGUCUAAGCAAGAGCUGCCGCCUCCCCCUCCUCCAAAGAAGAGACAGAUCCCUGUGGACAUGGAAGCUAAGAAAAGGUUUGAUGCCCUGAGUGCAGAGCUGCUGGACUGGAUUUCGAAAUCAAAGACUGCCAUUCAGGCCACGGAGAUAAAAGAAUAUAAGAAGAUGCAAGAGACUUCAGAAAUGAAAAGGAAGUUAAAGGGAUUGGAAAAGGAGAAGACAGAAAGAAGCCCCAGACUGGACGAGCUAAACCAAACUGGACAGAUGCUUCUGGAGCAAAUGGGAAAAGAAGGUCUUCCGACUGAAGAUAUACAACAUAUCCUGGAGAAGGUAUCAUCAGAAUGGAAGAAUAUAUCUCAGCGUUUGGAAGAUCUGGCAAGGAAGACUCAGCUCCAGGAAGAUAUAAACACUUACUUCAAGCAACUCGAUGCACUCGAAAAGACCGUAAAGACAAAGGAGGAGUGGGUGAAACAUGCUCCUCCUUCAGAAUCUCCCCAGCAGUCCUUGCUGAGUGUGAAGCGGGAACUGGCAAAUCUCCUUGGCCUGCACCCCAAAAUCAAAAUGGUGCGUGCCAGCUGCGCAGCCCUGAAGGCCAGGCGUUCUGCUCCAGAGUUUGUCCAGCAGGGUUUUGAUCUGCUUCUGGGCCGCUACCAGUCUGUGCAACAGGAUUUAGAGGAUCGUCAGCAGCAGCUGGAGAACGAAAUGAAGAGCCAGCCCGGGCAUGCAUAUUUGGAAACACUGAAAACACUACAAGAUAUGCUAAAUGAUUCAGAAAGUAAGGCCCAGAUGUCUUUGGAUGUCUUGAAUGACCUUGCAAAGGUGGAGAAGGCCCUGCAAGGAAAAAAGGCCCUUGAUGAAAUCCUUGAGAGCCAAAGACCUAUGUUACAUAAACUUGCAGAAGAAACAAAGGCUUUAGAGAAAAGCGUUUCUCCAGACGUAGAAAAAAUGUACAAUCAAGAAUUUAACGAUAUUCAAGGGAAGUGGAACAAAGUCAAGGCCAAGGUUUCCAAAGACCUGCAUUUGCUUGAAGAGAUUAUCCCCAAACUGAGAACGUUUGAGGCUCAUUCGAAAGUCAUGGAGAGGUGGCGGGAGGGUGUGGAAGACUUCCUGAUGAAGGAGCCGGCGGCCCAGGGAGACGCCGAGGGGCUGCAGAGACAGCUGGACCAGAGCUCGGCACUUGUGAAUGAAAUCGAAGCAAUUGAAUCCUCGCUGAAAGAUAUGAAGGAGAUAGAGACGGCCCUUCGAAGUUGUCCCGCUGCUGGCAUCAAAACCUGGGUGCAGACGAAGCUUGCUGACCACCAAACCCAGGUGGAGAAACUGAGCAGGGAGAUUACUAUUCAGAAAAAUAGGCUGUCUGAAAGUCAGGAAAAGGUGGUGAACUUGAAGAAAGACUUGGCAGAGAUGCAGGAGUGGAUGACUCAGGCGGAAGAAGAAUACCUGGAGAGGGAUUUUGAGUACAAGUCACCGGAAGAACUCGAGAGUGCCGUGGAAGAGAUGAAGAGGGCGAAAGAGGAUGUGCUGCAGAAGGAGGUGAGAGUGAAGAUUCUUAAGGACAACAUCAAGUUGUUGGCUGCAAAAGUGCCCUCUGGUGGCCAGGAGUUGACAUCGGAGCUGAAUGUGGUGCUGGAGAAUUACCAACUUCUGUGCAACAGAAUUCGAGGAAAGUGCCACACGCUGGAGGAGGUGUGGUCUUGCUGGAUUGAGCUGCUGCACUAUUUGGAUCUUGAGACCACCUGGCUAAACACGCUGGAACAGCGGAUGAGGGGCACAGAGGCCCUGCCCGAGAAGACAGAGGCUGUCAGCGAAGCCCUGGAGUCUCUGGAGUCUGUUUUGCGGCAUCCGGCAGAUAAUCGCACCCAGAUUCGGGAGCUCGGCCAGACUCUGAUUGAUGGAGGGAUCCUCGAUGAUAUCAUCAGUGAGAAACUGGAGGCUUUCAACAGUCGAUACGAAGAGCUGAGUCACCUGGCAGAGAGCAAGCAGAUUUCUUUGGAAAAGCAACUCCAGGUCCUGCGGGAAACUGACCACAUGCUUCAAGUUUUGCAGGAGAGCUUAGGGGAACUGGACAAGCAGCUCACGACAUACCUGACGGAGAGGGUAGAUGCCUUCCAAGUUCCACAGGAAGCCCAGAAAAUCCAAGCAGAGAUCUCUGCCCACGAGCUAACACUAGAAGAGUUGAGAAGAAACACACGUUCCCAGCCCCCGACCUCCUCCCCAGAAGGCAGGACUGCUAGAGGAGGCAGUCAGCUGGAUGUGCUGCAGAGGAAACUUCGAGAGGUGUCCACAAAGUUCCAGCUUUUCCAGAAGCCCGCCAACUUUGAACAGCGCAUGCUUGACUGCAAGCGCGUGCUGGAUGGUGUGAAAGCAGACCUCCACGUUCUGAACGUGAAGGAUGUGGACCCUGAUGUCAUCCAGACCCACCUGGACAAGUGUAUGAAACUCUAUAAAACUCUAAGUGAAGUCAAGCUUGAGGUGGAGACUGUAAUCAAAACAGGAAGGCACAUUGUUCAGAAGCAGCAGACCGACAACCCCAAGGGGAUGGACGAGCAGCUGACUUCUCUGAAGGUGCUCUACAAUGACCUGGGCGCCCAGGUGACGGAGGGAAAGCAGGAUCUGGAAAGAGCAUCGCAGUUGGCCCGGAAAGUGAAGAAGGAGGCUGCUUCUCUCUCAGAGUGGCUUUCUGUUACAGAAACGGAGCUGGUACAGAAAUCCACCUCAGAGGGUUUGCUUGGUGACCUUGACACAGAAAUUUCCUGGGCGAAAAAUAUUCUGAAGGAUCUGGAAAGGAAAAAAGCGGAUUUAAACGCCAUCACAGAGAGCAGUGCCGCCCUCCAGAGCCUGAUUGAGGGCAGCGAGCCCGUGCUGGAAGAGAGGCUGUGCGUGCUGAACGCCGGGUGGAGCCGGGUCCGCACCUGGACCGAGGACUGGUGCAAUACCUUGAUGAGCCAUCAGAACCAGUUGGAAAUGUUUGAUGGAAAUGUUGCUCACAUAAGUACCUGGCUUUAUCAAGCGGAAGCUCUAUUGGAUGAGAUUGAAAAAAAGCCAGCAAGUAAACAGGAAGAAAUCGUGAAGCGUUUACUGUCUGAGCUGGAUGACGCCAGACUCCAGGUUGAGAGUGUUCACGAUGAAGCUGUUGUUUUGAUGAAUGCUCGCGGAGGCUCAAGCAGGGAGCUUGUGGAACCAAAACUAGCUGAACUGAAUAGAAACUUUGAAAAGGUGUCCGAACACAUCAAAAGUGCCAAAUUGCUAAUUGGCCAGGAGCCAGUAUCCUACCAAAGCAUGGUCACCACUGAAGCAUUUGAAGCUGAGGUGCCUCUCUCUGACUUGGAAAAAUUAGAAAAUGACAUAGAAAAUAUGUUAAAAGUUGUAGAAAAACACCUGGAAUCCAGUCAUGAAGAUGAAAAGAUGGAUGAGGAAAGAGCCCAGAUUGAGGAAGUUUUACAGAGAGGAGAAGAAAUGUUACAUCAGCCUAUGGAAGAAAAUAGAAAAGAAAAGAUCCGUUUGCAGUUGUUACUUUUGCACACCAGAUACAACAAAGCUAAGGUAGUCCCUGUUCAACAGAUGAGAAUGGGUCAACCAGCUCCCGGAAUCAAAUCAUCAGCUCUUCCUGCGGAUUAUAUGGUUGAAAUUGGCAAAGCUUUACUGUCCAUGGAUGAUGUUGAGUCUUCACUGAAUGCCCCAGAGCUGAGCACUGCGGUGUUUGAAGAUUUCUCUUUUCAGGAGGAUGCUCUGAAGAAUAUCAAAGACCAGCUGGACAAACUCGGCGAGCAGGUUGCAGUCAUUCAUGAGAAACAACCAGAUGUUAUCCUCGAAGCUUCUGGGCCCGAAUCCAUUCAAAUCCGGGAUGCACUCACUCAGCUGAAUGCAAAAUGGGACAGACUUAAUAGAAUGUACAAUGAUCAUAAAGGUUAUUUUGACAGGGCUGUGGAAGAGUGGAGACAGUUUCACUGUGACCUUAAUGACCUCACCCAGUGGAUGGUGGAGGCUGAAGAGUUGCUGGCUGAGUCGUCUACCCCUGACGGUGGCCUGGACUUAGAGAAAGCGCGGAUACAUCAGCAGGAGCUCGAGGAGGGGCUCAGCAGCCACCAGCCCAGUUUGGCUGCACUCAACAGAACUGGGGACGGGAUUGUCCAGAAACUCUCCCCCACCGAUGGAGGCUUCUUAAAAGACAAGCUGGCAGGUUUAAACCAACGCUGGAGCGUGAUCAUUGCAGAAGUCAGGGAUCGGCGGCCAAGGCUCAAAGGAGAAAGUAAGCAGGUGAUGGAAUACAAAAAAAGACUAGAUGAGGUUACCUGUUGGUUAAUGAAGGCUGAGGAUGCUGUGCAAAAGAGGUCAACCACUGACCCGGAAGAAAACCUGAGAGAACUAACAGACUUAAACCAGGAGAUGGAUGUACAAGCUGAAAAACUCAAAUGGCUGAAUAGAACUCAGUUGGAAAUGCUCUCAGAUAAAAGCUUGAGUUUACACGAAAGAGAAAAGAUUUCAGAAAACUUAAGAACUGUAAAUUCGACAUGGAAUAAGGUGUGCAGAGACGUGCCCAGCGCCCUGAAGGAACACAUCCCGGCGCCCUGCUCUGUUUCUCCCACGAGAGUUACUGCUCAUCCUGGUGUCCAAAAGGUGGUGCUAGCAUCCUCUGCCUCCGAGCUUCCUGUUCAGUCUCCUCGUGCUUCAGAAAUUUCCAUUCCUGCUGAUCUGGAUAAAACGAUAACAGAACUAGCCGACUGGCUGGUAUUGAUCGACCAGAUGCUGAAAUCCAACAUCGUUACUGUCGGGGAUGUAGAGGAGAUCAAUAAGACAGUUUCCAGGAUGAAAAUCACAAAGGCUGACUUGGAACAGCGCCAUCCUCAGCUUGACUGUGUUUUUACACUGGCUCAGAAUUUGAAAAACAAAGCUUCCAGUUCAGAUGUGAGAACAGCAAUCACAGAAAAAUUGGAGAAGGUCAAGAACCAGUGGGAUAGCACUCAGCACGGUGUUGAGCUGCGGCAGCAGCAGCUGGAGGACAUGGUGAUUGACAGUCUUCAGUGGGAUGACCACAGAGAAGAGACCGAGGAGCUUAUGAGAAAAUACGAGGCUCGCCUCUAUAUUCUUCAACAAGCCCGAAGGGAUCCACUUAUCAAACAAAUCUCUGAUAAUCAGAUAUUGCUUCAAGAACUGAGUCCUGGUGAUGGUAUCGUAAUGGCGUUCGACAACGUCCUGCAGAAGCUGCUGGAAGACUAUGGUAGUGAUGACACGAGGAAUGUGAAGGAAACCACCGAGUACUUAAAAACAUCGUGGAUCAACCUGAAACAAAGCGUGGCUGACCGACAGAGCGCCUUGGAGGCUGAGCUGAGGACAGUGCAGGCCUCUCGCAAGGACCUGGAGAACUUCCUGAAGUGGCUCCAGGAAGCAGAAACCACCGUGAACGUGCUGGCGGAUGCCUCUCAGCGGGAGAAUGCCCUUCAGGACACUGUCUUGGCCAAGGAGCUCACACAGCAGAUGCAGGACAUCCAGGCAGAAAUUGAUGCCCAUAAUGACAUAUUUAAGAGUAUUGAUGGAAACAGGCAGAAGAUGGUAAAAGCAUUGGGAAAUUCUGAAGAGGCCACUAUGCUUCAGCAUCGACUUGAUGAUAUGAACCAAAGAUGGAAUGACUUAAAAGCAAAAUCUGCAAGCAUCAGGGCCCACCUGGAAGCCAGCGCUGAGAAGUGGAACCGGUUGCUGAUGUCCUUGGAAGAGCUGGUCAAAUGGCUGAACAUGAAGGAUGAGGAGCUCCGGAAACAAAUGCCUAUCGGAGGGGACGUUCCCGCCUUACAGCUCCAGUAUGACCAUUGUAAAGCGCUGAGACGUGAGUUAAAGGAGAAGGAGUACUCUGUGCUGAAUGCUAUCGACCAAGCCCGAGUUUUCCUGGCUGAUCAGCCGAUUGAGGCCCCUGAAGAACCAAGAAGGAACCUGCAAUCAAAAACAGAACUGACUCCUGAGGAGAGAGCCCAAAAGAUUGCCAAAGCCAUGCGCAAGCAGUCUUCCGAAGUGAAGGAGAAGUGGGAAAGUCUAAACGCUGUCACUAGUAACUGGCAGAAGCAAGUGGACAAGGCACUGGAGAAGCUCAGAGACCUGCAGGGAGCUAUGGACGACCUGGAUGCCGACCUGAAGGAGGCGGAGGCCGUGAGGAACGGCUGGAAGCCCGUGGGCGACCUGCUCAUCGACUCACUGCAGAACCACAUUGAAAAAACCAUGGCAUUUAGAGAAGAAAUUGCACCCAUCAACUUAAAAGUGAAAACAAUGAAUGAUUUGUCGAGUCAGCUGUCCCCCCUUGACCUGCACCCAUCUCUAAAGAUGUCGCGUCAGCUGGAUGACCUUAACAUGCGCUGGAAACUUCUGCAGGUUUCUGUGGAUGAUCGCCUUAAACAGCUUCAGGAAGCCCACAGAGAUUUUGGACCAUCUUCUCAGCACUUUCUCUCUACUUCAGUCCAGCUGCCGUGGCAAAGAUCCAUUUCACAUAAUAAAGUGCCCUAUUACAUCAACCAUCAAACACAGACAACCUGUUGGGAUCAUCCUAAAAUGACUGAACUCUUUCAAUCCCUUGCUGACCUGAAUAACGUACGGUUCUCUGCCUACCGGACAGCCAUCAAAAUCCGACGACUCCAGAAAGCACUGUGCUUGGAUCUCUUAGAGUUGAAUACAACAAAUGAAGUUUUCAAACAGCACAAGCUGAACCAAAAUGAUCAGCUCCUCAGUGUCCCAGAUGUCAUCAACUGCCUGACGACAACUUACGAUGGCCUCGAGCAAAUGCACAAGGAUCUGGUCAAUGUUCCUCUCUGUGUGGAUAUGUGUCUCAACUGGUUGCUCAAUGUAUAUGACACGGGUCGGACUGGAAAAAUUAGAGUGCAGAGUCUGAAGAUUGGAUUGAUGUCUCUCUCUAAAGGUCUUUUAGAAGAAAAAUACAGAUAUCUCUUCAAGGAAGUGGCAGGACCUACAGAAAUGUGUGACCAGAGGCAGCUGGGCCUCUUACUCCACGAUGCCAUCCAGAUCCCCCGGCAGCUGGGAGAGGUAGCCGCUUUCGGAGGCAGUAACAUUGAGCCCAGUGUCCGCAGCUGUUUCCAGCAGAAUAACAACAAGCCAGAGAUCAGCGUGAAAGAAUUCAUAGACUGGAUGCACCUAGAGCCCCAGUCCAUGGUCUGGCUGCCCGUGUUGCACCGAGUGGCCGCCGCGGAGACCGCGAAACAUCAGGCCAAAUGCAACAUCUGUAAGGAAUGUCCGAUCGUCGGGUUCAGGUAUAGAAGCCUAAAGCAUUUUAACUACGAUGUCUGCCAGAGUUGCUUUUUUUCGGGUCGAACGGCAAAAGGUCACAAAUUACAUUAUCCAAUGGUGGAAUAUUGCAUACCUACAACGUCUGGGGAAGAUGUUCGAGACUUCACAAAGGUAUUGAAGAAUAAGUUCCGAUCAAAGAAAUACUUCGCCAAACAUCCUCGGCUUGGCUACCUGCCUGUCCAGACAGUUCUUGAAGGUGACAACUUAGAGACUCCUAUCACACUCAUCAGUAUGUGGCCAGAGCAUUAUGACCCCUCGCAGUCUCCUCAGCUGUUUCACGAUGAUACCCAUUCAAGAAUCGAACAGUACGCCACACGACUGGCCCAGAUGGAAAGGACCAACGGGUCUUUCCUCACUGACAGCAGCUCUACCACAGGAAGCGUGGAGGACGAGCACGCCCUCAUCCAGCAGUACUGCCAGACGCUGGGAGGGGAGUCCCCGCUGAGCCAGCCCCAGAGUCCAGCUCAGAUCCUGAAGUCGGUGGAGAGGGAAGAACGAGGAGAACUGGAGCGGAUCAUUGCUGACUUGGAGGAAGAACAGAGAAAUUUGCAGAUAGAGUAUGAGCAGCUAAAGGAGCAGCACCUGAGACGGGGGCUCCCAGUCGGGUCACCUCCAGACUCUGUCGUAUCUCCUCACCACACCUCCGAGGAUUCAGAACUGAUAGCGGAAGCCAAACUGCUCCGGCAGCACAAAGGUCGGCUGGAGGCAAGGAUGCAGAUCUUAGAGGACCACAACAAGCAGCUGGAGUCUCAGCUCCACCGACUUCGGCAGCUGCUGGAGCAGCCUGAAUCCGAUUCCCGCAUCAACGGCGUCUCCCCGUGGGCUUCCCCUCAGCGGUCCGCAUUGAGCCACUCGCCCGAUCCGGACCCCGGCCCGCCGUUCCACCAAGCCGUGCCAGAGGACCUGCUGGCCCCGCCCCACGACACCAGCACGGACCUCACAGAGGUCAUGGAGCAGAUCAACAGCUCCUUUCCAUCCUGCUGCCCAAAUCUCCCCAGCAGGCCACAGGCAAUGUGAAGUGUUCAUCUAGCCAGCAAACGUUUCCUGACUUUCAGCAUUGCCGUCGCCAGCAAAUGCCAACCCCGGGCUCCAUCUCAUCAGAAGCUCCCCGGCUCCCCGAGACACGCUGUUGAGCGCCGGCCGUGUGUUCUACUGAAGGGUUGAAACACUGACUAUCCAAAGAGAAAAGGAUAUUUUUGUUUUUAUAAUAGUCACAUGUUAUUGUUUCCUUCUUCCCUUUCUAUGCAACUGUAAAUUAAUGAACAGAGUGGUAUUUGGAAAUGGUAAUGCAUUUGUCACUGAUUUGUAUACUGCUUACAGCAUUGGGAGAGUGGGGGGGGGGCUUUCUAAAGUGACAUUUUGUUUUUAAUAACCGUGGCAAACAUGGCGUAAGAAUUAGAAGACAGUUUUACAUUCCUUUAUAUUAACCUUGUACAAUAACUUCCUUUAUUUCUUCAGCUUUUUGACCAUUAUGUUUUGGUUAUUUAUCACUCGUCACCCACAUGACGAAACGGAUUUCCUCUGUUUGUUGCCAUGAUUUGGCCGAUUAAUAAGUUCGUGUGCUUCAGUCAGUUGUAGUGUACGUGUACGGAUUAGGCUACAGCUCUGCGGACACCGUUCAACUUUAUUUGACACCGUGCACUUGACUUGUUUUAGCAACCACUCGGAGGGCCACAGCAACAACCCUGUGGGCCUAACUGGCAUCCCCACUGGGAAUUUUUUCCUGCAUUGUAUUUCUCUGCUCUAUAGAAGUAGCUCUUGAUUUCUUUAUUUAUUCCAUGUCCCAGUUGAUAUGACAGAGGAGGCUUAAAGCGGAAUUGUGAGAGUCUCACAGAUCACUUGACCAAAGGUUGCCCGUUUGAGCAGAUUCCCUCAUCGACACAGCAGCAGCGCUCGGCCCCACCUUCCCCGUUUCCCGGGUCUUGGUUUCCGUCACAGACAUGCAGCGGGCCUUCGCCCAGUUGUGAUGCCAGAACGUGUUACGGGUUUUGGUUCCCUUCGACGAGAAUUUUUUUGUUGUUUAUGUAUGUUUAAGCCCCUUAUCAUUCUUGAAACUCCUCAUUAUUUUCUUUCGGAAAGCAGACACAAAUUUAGUGCAUGUCUCAUUUUACCUUUUGGGUGAAUGAGCACAUGUGUUAUUAUCCUUCCUGUGAUCCGUACAUUCGGGAAGAAUGUUUAUCAAAGGCCUGUGCCACUGCUUCUGCAGGAGAAUGAGGUCAAUGCUUCGAUGGCGGCGCCCUGCCUAACUUUGAAUGCAUUCUACUAGGCAUUUGGUUCAGCUUCUGGUUUAGCAUUGAAUUCAUUCAGUUUAAACAUGCUAUAUAGCUACUAAAUGUACAAAAAACAAAAAGAAAGUUAAAAUAAUGUAUUUUGAUUCAAGCACAUGUGCUUUUAAAGCAGGACAUUUUAACUUUGGGUUCUCUUUACCUGGGAUCUGUCCAGAAGGAGGCUUAAAGUUAGAAAUCCCUAUUCUUUCAGAAUAGGCCGGGUGGGUUGGGGGGCAGGGGUGUCUCUUUGCAGCAUAGAUAUUUUGAGAAGAAGAAAAUCGUUUUAUAUGAGAGGAAAGCCAUGACCGCCUUUCUACCUCAGACCCGUCUUCAUCCGUCGUGUCGGAAAUAGCUUUGUGCCGCUACAGUCUGCAAAAUCCAGAGCUUUUAUCGGGCCACAUCAGACAAGAAAAGCACCUAUUUAAAGAAAAAAAAAUUCCCUGAACUCUCAACUACAAGUUGUAGAUUUGGUGUCUUCCUUGUUCUUUGAAAAGUUCUGUAUUAGUAUUUUUUUUCUGCCUGUAAUUGUGUGCAACACACCCCCUAUCUGCUAUUAUGGAAAAGCUACAUAAAAACACUACAUUGUAAUCUCCUAAGUAAUAAUAAAGAAAAAGAAAUAUAUUGCAGCAACAACAAGGGAAAAUAAGUAUGUAGUUCUUUUGAAAUAUGUGGUCAAGAACUAAUCCUAGACUAUCACCUAAUCUGGGUUCAUGUAUUUUUCAUCCUGAAUAAAAGUAAUUUUAACACAA